AUGUCAAGAAACCUAAGCUUUGAUUCAUCUGAAUCUGCAAACCGUUCCUAUGCUGACACGGAUCAACUGAUCCCACAAACUCAGAUCAAUAAAUUACCAAAGAUUUUAUUUGCAGACUGGCUUAGCCUAAAAGAGUUUCAUGGACAUAAUGGUUUGGCGUUCAAUGGUGGGGCUAGCAAUGGCUCAAAUUACCAAGAUACCCCUAUGAAUGAACUGCUAUCAAAUGAAGCUUCCACAGACAACAAUGAAGAAACCCAAACACCCCCUGUUGUCGUAAAAGAGUGGGAGAAAACAGAGGGGGCUGCUGCCCUUGGCUCGCCGGAAACCACCAACAAACACCUCUGGUAG